GCGACCCGCUCGGCGUCCGUCCUCCGAAGCCGAUGCUCCUCGCACAAUAGAGCCUUGAGAGUGUCAGUGCUCAGUGCUCAGUGCAGUGGGUGUGUGGAUGUGAGUGAGGCGCGGUGCGUGCGGACGAGCCGCGUGUCAUGUGCCCGGUGCGCUGGUGAAGGCAGCAUGUCGCCGCUCGCGCUGCUGCUGCCGCUGCUGGCCGCCGCGCUCCUCGCCGCCAACCAAAUCGAGGACAUACCUCACAAUGAAGUCAAGAACUGGGCUUUAAAGUUCGGCGUCGACUUAUGGGAGUUCGGCCGCCAUUUUACAAAGAUGAAUCAAAUACAAAAUAAAUACCACGAGGCCAACGUGGAUGUGGUGCGCAAAGACGGGCUGCUACUGGUGCGAGAGCUGGCCGCCGAGGUCAAGAACCAUUUGGAUUUUAAAAUUAACGCAGUAAUGCGUAUAAUGGACUCAGCAGAGGCGGCUGCACUCUCCCCAGGCAGUAGUUCCACGGACGGCAGUCCAGGGUCGUACUUUGACGCGCGCUGGCUGAACGUACACGCAGAUGAUGGCACCUUGGCUGCGCGCGCACGACGCCUCAUGCUCUCUCCCAGUCGACACUUCGACCACAUCGCGGUCAAUACCACGUACAGUGCUGUUCUAAUGCCGCCCUAUAUCAAUACUGAAGAUGCGGAGGUGCAGAAUCAAAUAUCAUGGUCGGAGCACUUAGAUCCGUUAUUCGUGAACAACUACGAGAUCGACCCAACCCUCUCGUGGCAGUACUACGCCUCCUCAACUGGUUUCAUGAGGAGAUAUCCAGCAAUGUCUUGGCCACCAGAGGACGGUUACUCGCAUCACGCAAGAGACUUCUACGACUUCAGGUCUUCAAACUGGUUUGUGGAGGCGGCUACGUCACCGAAAGACUUGGUCAUCCUUAUGGAUGACUCUGAUGACCUUGGUUCAUCUUACCAGCGAUUGGCCAAGGCUACAGUGUCAGCGCUACUGGAUACUCUGGGCCCGAAUGACUUCGUCAACGUGUAUAGAUAUAGUGACACGGUGUCCGAGAUACAUCAAUGUUAUACGAAGAUAUUGGCUCAGGCCGUACCUGAAACGUUGCGUGAACUGAAAACCGCGCUGUGGGCGGCGGAGCCUUCGGGCGGCGCGGCCAACUUAACUGGCGCCCUCACCACAGCCUUCGAGAUACUACACAGGUACAACCGCACGGGUCAGGGUUGCCAAUGCAACCAGGCGAUCGCAGUAAUAGGCGCGGGCGGCGGUGCGGCCGGGGUGAAGGGCGUCUUCCGCGUCUGGAACUGGCCUCAUAUGCCCGUCAGGAUAUUCACGUAUCGAGUCGCUGGAGAUGCAGCCUCCGGGCACACUAUGAAGGACAUGGCAUGCACCAAUAAAGGAUUCCACGUGACGAUAAACGAGCACUCAGAGAUAAGACAGAAGGUGCUGCACUUCGUGGAGGUAUUGGCGCGGCCACUAGUCAUGUAUCAGACCAUACACCCCGUGCACUGGAGCCCCGUUUACGUCGGCGGAAGGAGUAGCAGUUUAGCUGACGAUGGGAUGGGUCAGUUGAUGACGUCAGUUACUGUGCCAAUUUUCGACAGGAGAAAUCAUACUCAAAGGGAAGCCAAUUUACUUGGAGUUGUUGGCACCGAUGUACCUGUCGAUCAAAUAAAGAAGCUCGUGCCACCGUAUAAGUUGGGUGUAAAUGGAUAUUCUUUUAUGGUGGAUAACAACGGGCAUGUUUUGUAUCAUCCAGAUUUAAGGCCAUUGCACACAAACGAGGAGUACACAGAAACUCUCCGUCCGUUGUACUCCAGCGUAGACCUAACUGAUGUGGAGUUACUAGUCGACUCCGACGAGAACUCUCGCGUCAAUCUCACCUCGCUGCUGCUAGACCUACGUCACGACAUGAUAGAGCAGCGCGAGGGCGAGACGGAGAUCGGUGUGAAGGUGCAAUACGCGGGCAUGCGGCGCGUGGCGGCGCGCCGGCAGCGCUACUUCUAUAGCCCGCUGGCCGGCACGCCUUACUCGCUGGCCGUUGUGCUGCCCGACGGCUACGGCAUGUACGAGCUGCAGGCCGAGCAGGAGAUCAAGCACAGCCCCUUCAAUGUCACAGAAUACUUUAAGGGCGAAAACUGGAAAGUUCAUCCUGACUGGGUGUACUGCGAAUACGCGUCGACAUCAGAGCAGGUGUUCAAUAGCCCGGAGGAGCAGCUACUACAUUUCCUCUCUCGCGCGGGUCGGCCGGGCUGGAAAUGGAUGUCGCUGCGUCCGCGCGCCCUUACAUUGCACAACGCGCACAAGAAGCAGGAUAGGGACUCUUAUUAUUGUGACAAAACUUUAGUGCAAUCGCUAGUUCGGGACGCAAUGGUAAUAAAAGAAUUGGACGCUCACACAGGACAUGCCAAUCAUCACUCCCACCCGAUAGCGACUUUAAUGGCUCUACUAACAAGACAAGGGCGCUUCCACAAGUUCGUGGUGACGCUGUCGUUCGUGGCGACGCGCAGCGGACUGCUCAAGUGGACAGACAAUACCAACGCCUCGCGCUCAUCUGAAUCCGCAGAGCCACACUUCAGCGAGAAAUAUGGGCGUGCAUUCGACUCGGAGUGGUACAAGCGCGCGGUAGAGCAACACGGCGUGGAGCCAGAGAGCUUCGUGUUCUCGGUGCCGUUCCGCGAGGCGGACUCGGAGCCGGCGCCCCCGCACCAUGUGAUGGCCACGCACGCAGUUUUCGUCGAGUCCCGCGGGCACCGUGCGCCCGCCGCCGUCGUCGGCCUGCACUUCCAGCUAGACUCAUUAGUCAAGCAUUUCCUUAAUGUCACUUCUACGUGUACAGCAGGUAGUGUUUGUAAGAAGACGUGCGCGGGCGACGAGCUCGACUGCUACAUCCUGGACGACAACGGGUUCAUCAUUCUGUCGGAGGAUACGGCGCAGACCGGCCGCUUCUUCGGUCAGGUGGACGGCACCAUCAUGGACUCGCUGGUGCAGGACAGGAUCUACAAGAAGGUCACGGUGCACGACCACCAGGGCAGAUGUCCCGAUUCAAGGAACCCCUUCAGCGGAAACAGCAACAAGCUAACGCCGUUGAAGCCUCUAUCAUGGGUGGGAGGUUACCUUAUGAGCUUGCUGGCCGCGUGGUUCCCGCUGUGGCAACCAGUCCGCGCCCGCUCCAGUAAAUAUGCUGAUGAAGACUUGGAUGCCGAUUACGAAGACUACGAAAAAGAGGACCUCGAAUAUGAAGAUGUGAGUCGUGACCCCGGACCAUAUGAGAUCAUAGUGGACGGGUCCGGAGGAACGGCGGUGGGGCGAGAGGGUCGAGAGGGGCGAGAAGGCCGCGAGGGCUGGGAGGAGCGCGAGAGCGCGCCGCGAGAGGCGCCACGCGAAGCCGCGCGCUCAGCCGCCGUGCGUCCCUGCGACACCAGCGCCGAGCUCUUCAGCCUGCAGUCCGCUCGGCUAAACACAGCGCAACCUUUGAAAGGAAAACUCACGAACUGUCACAAUUCUGGUUGCGAAAGGCCGUUCAGCGUGCAGAAGAUCCCCCACAGCAACCUAAUUCUCCUGGUGGUGGAUACGCUGUGCCCGUGCGGCGCUAAGCGGCUGGACGUGCGCGCCCGAGAAGCCCCGCCACGUGCAGCCUGCCGCCGCCACGCGCCACGCGCGCACCGACGCCGCCCCAAGCACUGCGGCUCCUAUCACCCCGAGGAAAUUGAAAUUCAGUCGUGUGGGCGCGGUGUAUCGUUCCGGCCGCUGAACACUCUGGUGCUGACGGUGGCGACGUGGCUAGCGCUCGCCACGUGACUCUGCCCGGCCGCGCUCGCGGACUGCUCGCACACCCCAGCUCCACGACACCACACGGCUUAAGAUACGUGUCAAAUACAACGUGAAUGGUUCGAUUUGCUACAACAAAGACAUUGAUGAGCUUCGCCAUUUAGAAUGUUAUUCAGUAUUGUUUAUGUGCGCAAUGGACGGUUCGUGUGUAUACUGUGACAGGAUUGCAGGUGGCCGCCACGCCCUCUCCCUGGGAGCGCGUGGCUCGAUACAAUCGACUGAAGUUUUGGUCCGACCAAAUGAACUUUUCCUGUCUCGCGACAGGAACCAACUUCGAUUAGAUUAACAUUGUAUUCGAAAUAAUCUCCCCAUUCUCUGUUAAGUCGUCGUCAUCUCUAUUGUAACGAUACGUUUAAACAUUAGGUAGGAAAAGAAAAUAAUAUCUUGUUAUAUUUAAUUGAAGAUUAUC